AUGUUCAAAAUAAUAAUAUUAGGUUUCUUAUUGACCGAUUCUAUAUUCGGAUGUUUACCGGGUGGAAUUCUUGGAUCAAGCUCAGGUUCUUGUGGUUGCUCAACUUGCCCUUGUCAAUCAAAUCAGCCAGCUGUAUCGUAUUCUUAUAGUCAACCACAACAGGUUAAAAAUAUGACUAGAAGAAAUAUUAUAACUAAAAAAUUUAAGAUAUAUUCUCAACCUGCUGUCGUUGCUGCAGCACCAUCUUCAUAUCAAGGACAAUAUCCAAUAAAUCCUGCUUAUGUCGGAAAAGCACCGCUAGGAUUUUCAGUAAGAAAUUAAUAAAACCUAAACCAGCAUAUCAAUUAUAUUUCUAGACCGACGAAAACAUUCCAAUAAAUCCAUACAAAUACAUUGAACAUGUAUCUGUAUCACAUUCCGAUCCUCAAACUCCACUUCCAACUGAAUCCGCAAAUUUAGCUCAAAUCGAAGUUUCCCCAAGUAUUCCAGCUUCGGAAGAUCAAUAUUUGGCGGAAACAGAAAAACGAAAAUUAACAACAUAUUACAAUCAGUUUUGUGUUGGAGAAGAAAUAGCGACCGGAGAAAAAGAAACAUUUGCAUCGGCUGAUGCUAAAUGUCUACUCUUAGAUUGUGUUGCAGCAAAUGCAAUUUCAGAUGGUGAAGGAACUUAUAAAGUAAGUUAUUGAAAAAUAAAUCCUAGACCUAUUUUUUCUCCACAACGUAUUCCAUUCUCUUUUUCAGGUUACAUAUCUCAGAACAGCCUCGAGUCGGACGAAUAAAAAAGGAAAUUACUGUUUAUCCUCAAAAAAACUGCCAAUUAAAAGUAAACGAGUAAUUCGAAAAUUUGAUGAUAUGGUGAGUUUUUCAAAUUUUGCAGAAAAUUAAAACUCAAAAAUAUGUUAUCAGAUUGCUGCUGAAGAAUCCAAAAGAGUUCGAAGUGUUCUCUUCAAACGAAGAUUUGUUUAA